CCGACCGGCCCUCAUCUCCUCAAUUGCAUUCGCAGCUCCGAUCGGUUGCAGAAAUCGUUCAGCACUCUCGAUUGUGGUCGAAAGCCGGUCGCGCCAUUCAAUAGCCUGAGAGAUCGAUCUCACAUCUGCUUUGAACCCGCGAGAUCAGAGCAGAGCAGAGCAGAGCAGAGCGAUGGCAUCCCUGGCUUGCACUUCGGCUGUUGCAGCUGUGGCGGCCACCGGCCCCGUUGCCAAGAUCGAGAAUGGCAGCACCAACGUCGCGAGGAGCCUGGCUAUGGCUCCCCUCAAGGCCUCGUCCCUGCACGGUCAGAAGAUGUCCGUGGCUUCGUCCGCUGCGCGCGUGACCAUGGCCGCCGCUGGUAAGGCCCCCGCCGCCGAGGCUCCCGCUGGCUUCACCCCUCCAGAAUUGAAGGCCGACACUCCUUCCCCAAUCUUCGGUGGAAGCACAGGUGGUCUUCUCCGCAAGGCACAGGUUGAGGAAUUCUACGUCAUCACAUGGGACUCGCCCAAGGAGCAGAUUUUUGAGAUGCCCACCGGAGGUGCCGCCAUCAUGAGGUCCGGCCCCAACCUACUGAAGCUCGCCAGGAAGGAGCAAUGUUUGGCUUUGGGAACCGCUCUCAGGACCAAGUUCAAGAUCAAAUACCAGUUCUACCGCGUCUUCCCCAACGGAGAGGUCCAAUACUUGCACCCCAAGGACGGAGUCUACCCCGAGAAGGUUAACGCUGGAAGGACCGCUGUCGGAUUCAACUCCAGGAGCAUUGGAAAGAACAAGAACCCUGCUGAGAUCAAGUUCGGAAAGGCCCCAGCCUUCGAAUUAUAGAUUGCCCCUGUGAGUGUAGUGUGAUUCAACUGUAAUUAUAUUUGUUUCAAUAAACAGAUCUUCUUAUGUGCACUACCAUAUCUGUUUAAGGGAACAGUCCGGCCUCGGAAAUCAUCUUCUGUAGAGUGUGUAGCUCAGUGAAACAUUCCAGUAUGUUUCAGGAAAGGUCACAACCGUGUUUCUGGGAGCCAGGCACCAGCCCUUGGUUUGCCAGGUCCCGACUAGCUCCACUUUGGGGUUACCAUGAUUUCUUGUAAUUUGUCGAAUUUUCAUCGAAGAAAUUUUGUGUACCAAAGUUGCAAUUGCUCGCGUCUGGGUGACAAUACCUAAGUGACUCUGUAUUUUGUACAUUCGUAUCCAUGUCUUAGAAGUUGGGCGUGAUUUGAUUUGGGAUCCACCUCUACAUGUCUGUGAAUCCUCUCCUGAACGUGCCUUCUGUAUCGAGGUACGCAUCUCCCCAGUACAAGGCUCCCGGAUAUUUAUUCUUGUCACGUCCAGCAGUGACCGGGAAAGAGGAGAUUCUUGGAUACUCAGUAGCAUAAUUAAGCACAUACAUCCACUCUCAUACUUGUGAAAAUUGCUUGCACUGCGCUAAUUGGAGUUUUGAAAGAGCAAUGUUCCCCAGCAUUAACAUACAUUCAUACCUACGCCGGUUGUUUUUCCUUUGGACGCUGUGACUGUAAACUUUUGAACAAUUGUGAAUACCAAUUUCUCAAGCUAAAAUAAGUAGCACAUUUUGAAGUUGAAUAUACAUCCUUUACAAUAUAUCAAUAAAAAUUUGUGAUCAUCUAAAUUUACUCCACUGGAAAAAUAAAUCUACAGUAAGAGAAAUGUCGAAAAAAAUUGAGAAACUAUCAUACAGUAUUUGAGUACGCUGGAGAGAAAAAACAGGCAGCGUCCCUUCAACCGCGCACAAAUAUAUAAUCUUCUG